CUUCUCAGUCGUGUGCGAAGUCUGACUUCGGCAUCUUCUUCAGCUGUUGUGACACCGAAAAGUUGUACGGAAAUAUUUGCAUAAGCUAUACGAUCGGAAAAAACUCAAACUCUAAAGGCUUUAAGACAUUUUUAUUGUUACACAUACAUACAAUUAAUAUAAAUAUGAUUAAGUUAAUUGCAAUCUGUGUCGUGCUUGCAGUUGGUGUUAAUUUAACAAAUGCGCAGUUUUAUUUCCCCAAUGAGGCUAAUCAGGUGCCAAACUACGGUCGCUGCAUAACUCCAAAUCGGGAACGUGCACUUUGCAUUCAUCUUGAGGAUUGUAAAUAUCUCUAUGGACUGCUGACAACAUCUCCCUUAAGGGAUGCGGAUAAAUUGUACUUGAGUCGCAGCCAAUGUGGCUAUGUUAAUGGCAAAGUGUUGAUCUGCUGCCCGGAUCGCUAUAGGGACACUACUCCUAUAACCACAGUUAAACCUCCAGUGAAUAAUACAAAUACAAGUCUGUUGCCAUUGCCGGGUCAAUGUGGCAAUCUGCUGUCGAAUCGCAUUUACGGCGGUGUCAAGACCAAAAUCGAUGAAUACCCCUGGAUGGCAUUAGUCGAAUAUACAAAAGGCAGUGGCUCUAAAGGUCAUCAUUGCGGUGGUUCACUAAUCAACACACGCUACGUGGUCACCGCCUCCCAUUGUGUCAAUGGAAAAUCCCUGCCAGCCGAUUGGCGUCUCACAGGCGUCCGUCUAGGCGAAUGGGACACGGCCACCGAUCCCGACUGUGAGGUCGAUGUGCGCGGCAUGAAAGAUUGUGCGCCUCCGCAUUUGGAUAUCGCCGUUGAACGCACCAUACCGCAUCCAUCGUACGAUCCCAGCUCAAAGAAUCAGGUCAACGAUAUUGCGCUAUUGCGUAUGGCCCGGCAAAUUGAAUAUACGGACUUCGUGCGUCCCAUUUGCUUGCCAUUGGAUGCGAAUCUUCGUGAUGCCACGUUCGAUGGCAUUGCCAUGGAUGUGGCUGGCUGGGGCAAGACGGAAGAGCUGUCUGCCAGCAAUUUGAAGCUCAAAGCCACUGUCGACGGCUUCACAUUGGAUGAAUGCCAAAAUGUUUACAGUCGUCAAAAUAUUAAGCUGGAGAACACGCAGAUGUGUGCCGGAGGCAUGGAAGGUGUGGAUUCGUGUCGUGGUGACUCCGGUGGUCCACUGAUCGGCCAGAACACGAACAAAGUAAACACAUAUUUCUUUUUGGCCGGUGUUGUCUCCUUUGGGCCCACACCGUGUGGCUUAAAUGGCUGGCCAGGUGUCUAUAGUCGUGUUGGAUCAUAUGUGGAUUGGAUACAAGCCACUUUGGAGCCAUAAAAAAUAGUUAAUAUAGUUUAUAACUGUUUGCUAUUAAAGACAAUGACAAGCGGAGCACAAGUUCCACAAAA